AUGCAAGAGGAUGAUGAUUAUAUGACAAUGCGACCGGUACAUCGCCGAGUGAUAACACAAAGUUCAGAAAGUCAACGAAAACCAUUGUUGGAGACAAGUGAUAGCGAUGGAGUGGACAGUCCUGAUUUCUCAUAUCCGGAUGAAUUGAAACCUUCACAACAUAGAAAGCCACCACCUCCGCCAGCACAUAAUAUUAGACGAAAGAGUAAUAAGACUAUUGCUGGUAGUAGUAUUGCUUCGAAUCGUGUUUAUGAUGAGCCGGCUAUUGAUGUUACUAACAUUGACAAAAAAUCUUGUAAAGUAGUUAAGAAAUCGCAGUCGACUUCAGAAUUGACGCAUCGGUUGGAAAGAUUUGAAGAUUUCAGUAACAUUGAUGAUAGUGAUAAUGAUCGAACGGUGAACACGUCCACAUCCUCAAAUGUACAUCAAACAAUGGCUGUCCUUUAA